CGCGAACUGAAACAAGGCUGUUCUUGAGGAUAUGUUCUCAAAUUUACGUGUAUCAUUGCCCAGCACAACUAUUAUGGCAUACUUAUCAUGUUUUCGCGUAUAGUUUCGGUUUCGAAUCUCACACGGCGUUGUUUUGUGGGCGUUGACCCCCCCUUGUAAAGUGUGUGAACGAGUAGAUGAUACCCGAAGACGUCUUUGACACAAGCUUCCAAUCGAUCUAUGAUACACGUAAUAAUGUUGCACUCGCGGAUGGCGAGCAACAUGGACCUGUGGACCUGAAGGAAAAGCUAAGCAAAGUUCGAGAAGUUGUACCCAGCAUGAGUAAAGACCAGAUAUGCAUGGCAUUGAGAUCCUACGAUUAUGAUGUCAAUGCCACCAUUACAGCAAUUUCGGAAAAUGGCCCCGAGGAGGCUCUACGGGAGUGGAACUGUGCAGGAAACAAAAUGAAGUCUACAAGCCGGAAUAAGAAGAGAAAAAAGAACAAGGGUAAAAAGGAACAAGCAUCAGCCAGUGGUCCUGCUGGGGAAGGACCUAAUGGAGAUCUUGAUGAUGAUCUCAAGAAAGAAACAGAUUCACCAAAGGCCGAAAAUGUAAUGGAAGAAGAGCCUGUUUCUGCUACCCAGGCUUUGUCUGCGGAGACGGCUCACGAGAAUGGUGGUGAACCAGAUAAAGAAGAUAUAGAGCAGUGUGGCUGGGGUGACCAGGAUGAUGUAAUAGAGCCUGCUUAUGGUGAAGAGGAGUCUACAAAAGAUGAUACGAAGUCUGAAGAAGCUGUCCCUGCACCAGAGCUCAAGAACAGUCGAAUGCACAGCGUUUGUGCUUUCAGAAGUCGAAGUUACCACAGCAGUGUCCGCACAAAGAAUGGCCCUGAUGUAAAGUCCACAAGCAAUGGCACAAACACCCUCCCCAAGAAGACAUGCCUUGAGAAAUCCUUAAAGGACCUGUCUCGUCAAACAGUAGCUCUCCAGAGGGUGCAGGUACUCCUGGAAGAUGAGCUUCACAAAGCUGAGAAAGCCUUAAAAGCUACAUUUGUUGAAGUGCAAAAAAUGCUGAGUGAACGUCAAGCACACUUGGAAGUGGAGAUGGAGAAAAUGAAGUCUGAUGCCCGUGGAAUGCUUCAGAGGCGCCAAAAGUUGGCUGCAGAGCUGAAAGCAAGAAGUGAAACUGCGCCUAUGCUUAGUGAAAGUGAUCUCUUGGAACUUCGGGAUGACAUAAAACAUUUUGUAGUGGAACGGAAAUAUGAUGAUGAGCUGGGCAAGACUGUAAGGUUCACGUGGACGAGAGAAAGAAUUGAAAAGGAAAUCAAAGAACUAGGGCAAGUUAUUGCUGUAAAAGAUCCCUACACAUGUCGUCGGCUGUCAAUGUCUUCGUGUACCAGCUCAAAUUAUCCAGAUUCCUUCUCUCAAAUUAGCUCUACAUCUAAUCCCACUUGCAGGAAUCAGUAUUAUGCCUUUGAGCCAACAGAAGAUCAUCAUCAUACAUCAAGAAGGACAGAGGGCACUCAUGUAUCGUCGGGAUAUGGACGCAUGUCGGAGAGCCGGGGCUUUGACUGUCGGUCUUCAAAAGUAUACCACAACAGCCGCGGCUACUCUGGUCCACCGCUUGGGGCACGUUCCAGUAGUUUCAGCCGUGGUGGUAGGACCCGACGCCUUGAUGAUACACGCUUUGGACGUGGGGAACGGACUGGCUACGGAAGCGGUCGGCCACCACCUUCACACAGAAUGGGACGAGGCCGUUACGAGAGCGGAGGCAGGCGUGAAGAAGGGUCGAGUGGUCACAGUGCCACAAGAAGGCCCUCUGUUGAGAGGGUUCGACCCUAGGCUACCUUGAGUGGGCUCCUUUGGAUUGCUCUCCUCCUAUCUGGUCUUCACUAGCUUGAUGGGCACCCCUGAAGGUUUCCCCGAAGGCCCGCCAUGUGCCAAAAAACCAAUCUCUUGUUUUUGUAGCGUGUGCCUUACAUAUUACGGAGGAGGGUGAUUACUCGGAACCUUCAACCAAAUACUCUAGCCUUUGGGAAGAUCGCUUAGAGAUAGUUAUCAGUGCCUAGCAUCUAAAUUAAUGUUUGCAGUAAAUGUUGCUAGUGGUUCCUCUUCUAGAUGCUGUAAUGUCUUUAGAGGAUAGUUGCAAGAUUGAAGUGGCAUUUUUCUUGUUUUGUGUUUGUAUAAUGUAGUCAUCCAGCAUUUGUUCCUUCAGAAGUGCUCUUUGUGGAAGAUUUGGCAGCCUUGGAUGUUUAUUGGAAUAUAUUGUUAAAUUUUCAGUUGCUUUUGUUUUCCCUCAUCACUUUACAUAGAUAAAUGUUUUUGAUGACUGGUCUCCUUGACUUCCUAUUCUUCAUACUCAGCAGCAGACUAGUUGUGAGAACAGCUUUUCACAUACCAUGUACAUGUGUAUAUAGGUACAGAUGUUGUAUAUAAUAUAAUGGUCGCAUGAGUAAAGUAAUAGUUUCUUUUAUGUGGCUGUAUCUACCCAUUGUAGUACUAGGCAUAAUUACGUGUAACUAUAAAUCGAGUGAAGUAGGUGAUGUCCAUUUUGGCUUGGUGGGUUUGUUUAAAAAGUCUACAUUUGCCAUUGUUUCACUGCGUUUACUGAAGUGUCUACACAGAUUAUAUUAAACUUCAGUUGCAUUUUGC